CACAAAGUGAAAAACAUAAACCAAAGAGAUUCAACUUGGGGUGGUGCCGGCCAGCCGACAAUUACGGGAGCCAAUGUGGGUCCCAUCACUUUUAUAAACUCAAAUCACUUCUACACUUUCACUUCACAUCUUUCUUUUUCUGUUCAUGGCUUCUUCAUCUUCUUCUGCGAACCGUGAGGGACACUACAGAGGUGUUAGAAAGCGACCAUGGGGACGCUACGCUGCUGAGAUUCGUGAUCCCUGGAAGAAGACACGUGUUUGGUUGGGUACAUUUGAUACUCCUGAGGAAGCCGCGCUUGCUUACGACGGUGCCGCUCGUUCUCUCCGUGGAGCUAAAGCUAAAACCAACUUCCCUCCGGCUCCGGUAGCCGGCGGUCUUUGCCUCGACCUCAACGCUCCUUCUACUGAUCUCCGAUGGCCGCCAGUUCCUUCUCGCAGCUUAGUUCUCACUGAGUUUCUCCAAACCGGUGUUCUCAAGGAUUUCAACCCACCUCAGACCCCACCCAUCACUGCCGUCUCUGGACAGAGACGCAAUGAAGGUGGUCUUCCUGUAUCUGCCAGAGUUCAGAUGGUUGAGAACUCCCCAACGGCAGCUUACUUGGGACUUGUUAGACGUGGGAUCCCGAUUGACCUGAACGAACCUCCACCGUUGUGGCUAUGAAAAACCCUAGAAGUAAGUGUAGCGUAAAUGUGAUGCUCUGACGGCGUCGUUUUAGGUUCUCAUCUAAUUAGUCAAAUCUUUGUCUUUUUUUCUCCCUUAUUACCAUCAUAAUUAUCAUGAAGGGGAGUAUCUAUAUGUAAUGUAUCUAAGUCUAUCUAACAUUUUAGAAGAAAAAAAUGAAAUUUAGUAAGUUAUGAUAA